AUGAAGAAGACAAAGCUUGUUAUUGUUCCAUCACCAGGCAUAGGUCACCUAAUAUCCAUAGUUGAGCUUUCCAAGCGCUUAACUGAAAGAGAUGAUCAGCUAUCAAUAUUUGUUCUGGUCAUAAGCUCACCUGUGGGCCCAGACUUUGAGUCCUACACUCAACAAGUGGCUGCUUCAAACACUGGUAUUCAAUUCAUCAACAUUCCUCAAGUAGAUCCGAAUCUACCACAGGUCUGGAGCUCCCCAGAAAACCUUUAUGCUCUAUAUUUGGAAAGCCAUAAAUCCCAUGUCAAAACUGCAAUAAUUGAUCAAGUACUAGUAUCAGAAUCCAUCACUUCUCUUGCCGGGAUAGUUGUUGAUCUAUUCUGUAGUUCGAUGGUUGAUGUAGCGAAUGAGCUUGGCGUUCCUUCAUAUGUGUUCUUCACCUCUGGCUCUACCUAUCUUGGUUUCGUGUUUUAUCUUCCAAUUCACUAUAACCAAAAUGGAAGAGAGUUCGAGACUUCAGACCCUGAUUCAAUUAUUCCAACAUAUUCUCACCCUGUACCUUCAAAUGUUAUACCUUCUUAUGCAUUUAACAAGCAUGGUGGUUAUUCCUCAUUCGUAAAACAUGCUACCAAGUUCAAGGAGACAAAAGGAAUCAUCAUAAACACGUUUGCAGAAUUAGAAUCUCAUGCUGUGGAUCGAUUGAAAUUCGAUGCUGAAACACCGCCAAUCUACACAGUUGGACCCCUGCUCGACCUGGAGGGCAGAAAGCAAGAGCCUAAUCACGAAAAAAUAAUGAAAUGGUUAGAUGAUCAGCGUCCAUCAUCAGUUGUAUUUCUCUGUUUUGGAAGCAUGGGUAGUUUUGAGCCUGACCAGUUAGCAGAGAUGGCACUUGCACUCGAGCGGAGUGGAUACAGAUUCUUGUGGUCAGUCCGGUUAUCAAAGGCCUAUACAAAAGGGACAGAAAGCCUGUGGCAUGGGGUGCCUGUUGCAACAUGGCCUGUAUAUGCUGAGCAACAAAUCAAUGCGUUCGAGUUGGUAAGAGAGUUGGAACUGGCUAUGGACUUGAAAAUGGAUUAUCGAAUGGAAAAUGCACAGAAUCUUGUAGUGGCUGAGGAAAUCGAGAAAGCUAUCAGAUGCUUGAUGGACACAGAGAAUCCGACAAGAAAAAGAGUUCAAGAAAUGAAGGAGAUGAGCAGAAAGGCCAUUGAAAAUGGGGGUUCUUCAUUCAUUUCACUUGGACGUUUCAUUGAAGAUAUGCACAUCAACAUUGGAAAAGAGCAGGGAAGUUUCUAA